AUGAGUAGAAAAGCAACAAUUGGUUCACUCGUGUCAAAAUGUGGAAAAAUCGUGUUAAUAAUGAUAAUAUUAAUAUUAUACAGAGUUGGAGACAAUGGAAAAUUUUUAGGCGUGGGUGGCACGUUUAAUUUAAACGAAGAAAAAGCAGUAGAUGUUGAAAUAAUGGCGUCUGGAAUAUUCGUUGGUUACCUAGUUUAUAACCUAUCCGUGUUAAUAACAUAUUUAUUAACUGGAGAAAGAAUAAUCAAUGAUUGCAUAAUGAACGUUCUUGGAUUAUUUAUGUGGAUAGCAGUUGCUGGUACUGCAUUGCAUUAUUGGGACAACUACGCCCAUCAACAUCAAUUUGACAUAACCGGAAAUGAAAGGAGUUCGGGUUUAGCAUUGGGAAGUUUAUGCGUUUUUAAUGCUUUCUUACAUCUUGCGGAUUCUGCAUUUAGUAUUAAAUUAUAUUUGGAUAAAUCGAAAUAA